UCUACAUAUGUUGAUUUCCCACAGCAACCUUUACUGAACAGAAUGAAUUUUAUAACAUUGUUUAUAAUUCAAGUGGUUUGGUUUACACAAGUUGAUGGAGGGGCUGUUACAUGCGGUUCACCCGUAGUACAAACACCAACUACUUCCAGAAUUAUUGGUGGAUCUGCCGCGAAACUGGGUGCUUGGCCUUGGCAAGUAUUAUUAACAGAGAUCAACUUACCAGUAUGUGGUGGAGCUGUUAUAUCAGAAAAUAUUAUACUGACAGCAGCACAUUGUUUUGAAGAUCAGUUGAGUCAAGAUCCCAAAAGAUGGAUGGCAACUGUUGGAGGAAUCUAUACCGACCAGUACGAGUACACACAGCGUACAUACCACGUACAGAAGAUUAUUGUACAUGAAGCUUAUAAUACAUCCACGGCGGAGAAUGACGUGGCUCUUCUUAUUCUCUCUACUAAUAUGAUGUAUUCUAACUAUAUUCGACCUGUUUGUUUACCUGACGACAACGAAUCGGUACCCGUAGGAACUAUUUGUUACAUCGCAGGAUGGGGAGCUACAAGAGGAACUAGCAAUCAAAAUACAUUGAAUCAAGUUGCGCUGCCAAUUAUUGGAGAUGAGACUUGUUCUAGACCAGAUUGGUAUGGUAAAGAUUUCUAUCCAGAAACAUCUUUCUGUGCUGGAAGAGAAGCUGGUGGUAUAGAUGCAUGCACAGGUGACAGUGGAUCACCACUAGUUUGUCAGAAAGGUUCUAAGUGGACAGUACAUGGUUUAUCUAGUUGGGGAUAUGGUUGUGCUGAACCAAGAUGGCCGGGUAUAUACACAGAAGUCAGUAAAUAUACCAAGUGGAUUAAACAACAUCUAAAUAAGAGAGCUUCUUUAUUUGGUUAAUAAAUGUUCCACUUGACCAGUGGUUCAUGAAUUUAAUUUUUGUUUUGCUUUUGUUCCAUCUACCCGGACACUGAGCAUUUAUGUACCUUGCCAUUGAUUGAAAUAGUUUCCAAUAAAAGUAUAGAAUCAUAGACAUUGAUGGGUUAUUGGUUAUUGCAGGGGUAUGAUUUGGAAAUUA